AUGAUUCCCGCGGCGCUCCUGCUCGUCCUCCUGCUGGUCGAACAAGCAGAGGCCCUGGGAGAGCCUCAGAUCUGCUACAUCCUGGAUGCAAUCCUGUUUCUGUACGGGAUCAUCCUGACCCUGCUCUACUGUCGACUCAAGAUCCAGGUGCGGAAGGCAGCUGUCGCCUAUCAGGGCCUGAGCCCCCGGAACCAGGAGACUUAUGAGACCCUGAAGCAUCAGAAACCGACAGAGUAA